AUGAUGAAUCCCGAUGAAGAGCAGAAUGUCAGCCAGGGUAAUGAAAAGGAGCAAGGCACCACCGAGAAGGAGGUGCAACGCUUGACGGCAAAGGUAAAAAAUUUUGGGAAUGUCCGUAACCGCGAGAUACAUACUGAUGCAUCAGAUUCGGAAGACACUGACAGAUCAGGGCCGUCAACGGACAUCGACAGAUUCUGCGCGGGAAUGGAUCCCGAGGCCCUCCUUGCAUAUGCGCAGGCCAGACUCAAACAGAGAAAGACCACAUCAAUCGGACACAGAGCUUCGUCAUCGCACACGGACAAUUCGGCACUAAGGGAUGUCGCUAUGGACCCAGUCGAAAAAAUAGAGAAGCAUCGGGAACGCAGUCGUCACAGCACAUACCGCCAGCGUCACUUCGAUGAUCAUCGACACAUGCAACCUGGACCGUCCAAUCAACACGAGCGAGGAUAUGGACGCCCACCAGAAUACUUCGACCACAGGCGAGAAGAUUACAGAUACCACUAUCGCCCAUUCACACCUUACCACAGCUACCCAGGACAUAGCCGCGGACGUUUCUACCCUUAUUGA